AUGCCUAAUACCGGGCCGAGUCGCGGCUUGCGAUCUAUACCUCCUCGUGCCGCCAAAAUCAAGAAGCCAGCUCGACACACUCGCGCAGCCGCAGCGCUCCUCGCCUCUCCAGACACAGAUCAAAGCUUCUCAGAUGACGUUGAGCCAGUUCCGGUACAGCAGCCAACCGUCAAUAGAAAACGCCCUUCGAGGGCUGCGUCUCGGACUGCUCGGAAGCGCAUGCGAGGGACGGACAAAGCGUCCACAGCACAAGGAUCUCGACGGUCAAAGGCGAACUUCAAAGACUCGGUCAAGCUGAAACAGCCGACAUUCACUUACCCUGGCAAUGACCUACCUUACCAUGUUUGGCUGCGCAUAUUCGAGUAUGUGGCUGCACCUUUGCGGGAUCCGAAUGCAUCGUAUAAGGAAUGCGACGAGACCCGGCGCUCCCUCCUUUUAAUGGCCAGAUGUGAUCGAAUCUUUUUCGAGCCUGCCCUGGCAGCAAUUUACAAGUGCCCGCUCCUGCUAUAUCCGGAGGACUUUGCCGCUCUUGCGAAGCGGUUGCGUUUGAAACCCCAAGAAGCGUC